CUCAUGUGUUCGCAUUUCUUUCUAACAUCCUUAAUUCUUUCCUUCUUUGUUUCCCUAGCUUGUGUUUGUAUAAUCCCACAUUCAUCCCCAAAACCCUAUGAAAAAGCACUAGUGACUCAACUCACCCAUGGCAUCCUCCUCCUCCUCCAAAGAAGUGAUAACCCUGAAACUACUAGUCGACACGAAGAACAACAGGCUCCUCUUCGCCGAGGCCGGAAAAGACUUCGUCGACUUCCUCUUCACCCUCCUCUCUCUCCCCGUUGGCACCGUCGUCCGCCUCCUCACCGCCAAAAGCAUGGUCGGCAGCCUAGGAAACCUCUACGACAGCGUCGACAACUUGAGCGAUGCCUACAUGCAGCCCAACCAGAGCAAGGAGGUUCUGUUGAAACCCAAGGUGGCGGUCCGUUCGACGAAGGCUUCCCUUCUUCUCACCGACGACGAUGUCCCCGCGCCGGCGGUUAACAAGAUGUACAAGUGUGGAAACUGUGAGAGGUUCGUCACCAAUGACCCAAAACUUACUUGUCCAUCAUGCAAGUAUAAUAAUAUUAUGUCGUACGAAGUAACAUUUGUGCCAUCAAAGGUUGCCAAUACUGGUUUAUCCGGUGAGGGAGGCUAUGUUAAAGGUCCCAUAUCAUAUAUGGUGAUGGAUGAUUUGGUGGUGAUGCCCUUGUCUACCAUCUCUGGGAUUGCAUUGCUUAGCAAGUUCAAUGUUACAAAUGUUCAAUCUUUGGAGGAGAAGGUGGUGACUUUUGGGAUGGAUGAGGGUUUGAAGCUGUUAAAGGCGACUUUGCAUUCAAAAAUGGUGUUAACAAGUGUCUUCCUUGGAGGCAUGAAGACAAUGGAUGCUUCAAGUUCCAUUCCCCGUGAUCCUGUCACGGUCAGCGAAACAGGGUCUACCACGGAUGCCUCGGCGAGCACGAACAAAGCCUUGUCUGAACCUCCUCCAAAUGAAGCCGUUGCUUCUUCCGAGCCUAAGUCCAAAGAGUUUCAUGAAAGGGUUGAGGAAUGUUUCAACAUUUCCUUCUGCCGCCAAGAUAAUAUCAUAAAAGAGCAGAAGAAUAUCAUAAAAGAGCAGAAGAGGAUUCGGAGGAGGAUUGAUUACUUUGUCGCGAAGUUGGAGGAGCAAUUUGGUGCAACUUACUUUUCGGAUGAAGAAGAAGAGGACGCUAAUUAUGUGCCGCAUGAUAUCAAUAUUAUAACCUAAUGAAGUACUUCGUUGAUCGCAUGUUAACAAAGUCAAAUUUGGUAUGGAGGAUUUGAGCUCAUUGGGAACUCCAAUUGCACGUGUUUGUUGGCGCGAUGCGUGGAUGUGUGCGUGUGUGUGUAUAUAUAUAUAUAUAUGUGUGUGUGUGUGUGUGUGUGUGUGUGUGUAAUACUCUGCUAGUGCUUAACAGCCAUUUGGAUAAUGCUAUGUAUAUGAACAUACAGAAAAACUUAUUCACGGCGCUCAAUUUCAGUUGUCCAAAA